AUGCACGUGCGAGGAUCGUAUUUCAACAAAAUGGCCGAAGGAACGAUUAACAUGAUUUUUUGGUUUUUGGUUUUGGUUUUUCUUUCAUAUUGGAUCGCGUGCAUGUGUUUCAUACCUUAUUUAAUCGUCUCGAUAUUCGUGCCUUGCGUACCCGAUCUCAAGGUCAUUUCGGACAUGCUACUCAAAGGAUUAUCAUUUCCGUACAUAUGCUCCGAUAACAUGGUCAACAGGAGAGGAUUAACAUGCGGAUGA